GGCGGGGCCGGGCAGAGCCGCACCCGAUGGCCGGGGCGCGGCGGGCGGCAGGCGGCAGGCGGGGGGGGCGAUGGCUCGGAGCCGGGCGGCGCACUCGGAGUACACGGAGGCGGAGGACAAGAGCAUGCGGCUGGGCUUCCUGCUCAUCGCCGCCGGGCUGCUCUCGCUGCUGGGGCUGGGCUGCUGCUGGCUGCGCCCGGCGCUGCAGGAGCGGGGCGGCGGCGGCGCCGCCAACUGCACGGUGCUGGCGGUGCGGCAGCUGGGCGAGCGCUUCGCCUGCACCUUCUCCUGCGGGGCCGCCUGCCGCGGCACGGCCCGCUACCCCUGCCUGCAGGUGCUGGUGCGCACCUCCCGCUCCGCCGCCCCCGCGCUGCUCCACGAGGACGAGCGGCAGCUCCGCUCCAACCCCAAGUGUUCGUACAUCCCUCCCUGCGCCAGAGACGAUCAGGAGAACUCUGAGAAUGUCACGUACAAGCAGAAAUACUGGAAGGAGAAAGUGGGCUCGCAACCCUUCACAUGCUAUUUUAACCAGCACUUGAGGCCAGACGACGUGAUGCUGAAGCGCACCCACGACGAGACCGUCCUCCUGCACUGCUUCCUCUGGCCGCUGGUCACCUUCCUGGUGGGCGUCCUCAUCGUGGUGCUGACCGCCUGCGCCAGGAGCCUGGCCGCGAGGGCAGAGGCCAUCAAGAAGAAGAAGCACUCAUAAUCCGAAGGGCUGUGAGGGGGAACGGAGAAGCUGGGCCGGGAAUCUCACACGGGGAGGCUCAACACACCGCGCGUCCCCGGCGUCCCAUCUGAUGGCGGAGCUGCUCUUGCCUGAGGAUUAAUCCUGGGAGACUGCCCUAUGAAAUGUCGGCUAAUUGCUUCUUCUGCUACGGCAGUAAAUAAUUAUAUGCUACCAAAAAAAACCUACACUGCACCAAAUAUGCUGUGCUCUGUUAGUCCUCACCAGCAGCUGCCCGGGUCCUAGCGGUACUGAGAGACAGUUUCUGAAAACCCCUGAUGUGGCUCAUUUCAUCUCUGCAAAGUGAUCUUUGCUACUGUUUAAUAUCAUAUAUUUAAAAUAUUUCCUUUAUGAUAGACUGUAUUUCCAAAAUAAUAAAGGUUGGUUGUUGUUUUUUUUUUUUU